AGUUGAACAACUUGAUUGUCACAUUCGCGUCCCAUCAAGCGGGGAGAACGGACAUCAAAAUAGGCUAUGCCUUUUUGUCCGUUUGUCCUCGGACAUCCUCAAAACCUUUUAUAAAGAGGUCAGGAUAUAAAGUUGAUUAUAAGAAUCAACCAUCAUUACAGUGAAAGUGUAUUCAGGUCCCAUCAUGAAAAUGUUCUCCGUGAUUGUUUUGUUUCGGUGUUUUGUGUUGUGCGUGUCACAUGCAAAUCUACGCGACAACCCUGUGCUCAAAUGUGGUGUGGAAGCAAGCUCCAGCCUGAUCCACCAUAACCCAUGGCUUGUAUACCUUCAGUAUUACCGGAGGGACCAUGUGGCUGACAUCAGAUGUGCUGGCACACUGAUUGAUAGCAGACAUAUCGUUACAGCGGCGCAUUGUGUCAAGAAAAUUAAAUACCAACGUCUGGCGGCCCGUCUCGGCGAGUAUGACGUCUCAUCCGAUUUGGAUUGUCUUCAGGGUAUCUGCUCCGAGACUGUGGACAUAGAGAUUUCAGAUGUAUUCAUACAUCCAGGGUACGAUUCGCACAGACAUGACAUAGCUGUGCUUAGGCUUGCUAAAGAAGCACCAUAUACAGAUUUCAUCCGCCCAGUUUGCCUACCCACUGGGGCAGUCAGACAAGACGUUACUUUCUACGCAGCUGGAUGGGGCGUCAAACCUUCGACGUACCUUUACAGUAACCUGAAGAAAAUCAUACCCUUACCCUAUUGCCCUACAUCACAGUGCCAAAAAGCGUAUUCUAACUUGAAUUUAACUGAUGAUAUCAUUUGCGCUGGUGGUGAAGAGGGAAUCGACACUUGUAAGGGAGAUUCUGGUGGACCACUCAUGUGGAUCAAGGAGAGAACAGAACUGUGGGGCGUGACUAGUUCAGGGAACGUCAUCUGUGGUACUAAAGGAGCGCCCGCUAUUUACACUAGUGUGCCAGAACAUUUGGACUGGAUCAAAACAGUGAUAGAAGACUUAUAAAAUGCCUUAUUAUUGUGUAGCGUAUCAUAAAGUUUGAGUAUCUCUUCGUCAGAGUUAGUGCGGUCAUACAGCAAUGCAAUGCCGUCAAUAACAGUCAUUAUCGCACUGAUUCAUGUUUUUUAGUUAAUUUGUAAAAUUUUAUGCGGCAAUUGUUUUUAUUUUUUUAAUUUUAUAUUAAAGGAAUAAUUCGAUUUAUUUUUGAUAUAUAUAGUAUAAUGGGUUCUGAAUAUGCAGCUAAUUAGAGUUUGAAAUAAUAUUACCACAAAUGACAAUAAUGUAAUAUUACAUAGCUUUACA